UCUCACAAGCACCCGACAUGUGGGCAGCCCUGGUCUUCCUGUUUCACGCGGCAUUCGUGAGUUCUCUUCCUCUGAAGGGAGCGGACGGCACGGUGACCGUGCGCACGGAGGACGGGCUACUGCGCGGGCAAGUGGCCACGUCCGCCUGUAACAGGACCUACCUCAGCUUCCAGGCCGUGCCGUUCGCGCAGCCGCCCGUGGGGGAACUGCGCUUCAAGUCGCCACGGCCGGCGAAGCGGUGGACCGGGGUGAGGGACGCCCUGGAAGAGGGCACGUACUGCUUCCAGGAAGACGUGAAGAGCUUCAUCACCAAGGCCAACAUGUCGGAGGACUGCCUGUACCUCAACGUCUACAUUCCUCAGACUGCAUCCAACAACUCGGCGUCCGGCGGGCUGCCGGUGUUGGUGUGGAUCUACGGAGGAGCGUUCGUCAUCGGAUCUGGAAUCAAGGACAAUUUCGGACCUGACAACCUGAUGAACCGCACUGCCAUCUUGGUGACCUUCAACUACAGGGUGGGCGCUCUCGGGUUCCUGAGCAUGGAGCACCCCGACGUGACCAGCAAUGCUGCCCUCAAGGACCAGGUGGCAGCACUGCGCUGGGUCAGGAGGAACAUCGCGCACUUCGGCGGCGACCCUGACGAGGUCACCAUCUUCGGGGAGAGUGCCGGCGGGAUCAGCGUCGACAUGCACCUGCUCUCGCCCAUGUCCGAAGGUCUGUUCAAGCGCGCCGUCUCGCAGAGCGGGUCCGCGCUGGCGGUCAACUUCAAGCCGGGCUACAACGCCACCGGCGAGGCGUUCCGCCUGGGCGCGGCGCUCGGGUACAACGGCACGGACGCAGACGAGCUGGUCAGGUUCCUGCGCUCCGUGCCCGCGCAAGACAUCCUCAAGGGGCAGAAGCUGGUCGGCGCUGAGGAGGGUGCCACUGCUACCACGCUGAUCGCCUUCCCGGUCGUCGACGCCAAGACACAGGAGGGCAGCGAGGUGUUCCUCCCAGACGUGCCCGAGAAGUUGUUCCGAGCCGGCAAGGUCCACCCCGUUCCCUACAUAACGGGAUUCAACUCGGAGGAAGCAAAGGGAAGCUUUACAGAUGUCACACAAGCGGACCUAGACAAAUACAACGAAGAGUUCGAACAGUUUAUUCCAAACCUUUUAAACAUUGAAAAGGGGACAGCAAAAUCCCUUGAGAUUGCAGCGAAAAUUAAGAGCUUCUAUUUUGGAAACAAAUCAAUUAGUUUUGACAUGCUGCCACAACUAGUAAAUCUUGCGUCUGACAAAUUCAUGAUCUACGCAGUCCACAGAAGUGCUAUGUUUCACUUGAAAUAUGGAUCAUCGCCUGUCUACAUGUACAUGUUCACUUAUGAUGGUACAUCGCUACUCCGUGCUGGAAACUACACUAUAAAAGGCCCGGCCCACGGCGCUGACGUAAGGUACUUGUUCUACCCGAGCUACGAGAACUACAGUCCGAAUGGAGACGACAUGAAGGUCAUCCAGCACUUCACUGGCAUGUGGACGGACUUCGCUCUGUCCGGGGACCCGAGCAGGCACGAGUCGGUGAAGUGGACACCAGCGACCAAGACAAGCCGCACCUACCUGCAGAUAGACGCAGACCUGAGUCUCCACCGGGACGCGUACAAGGAGCGCAUGGCAUUCUGGGACCAAGUGUUCGACACCUACAAGAAGUGAACCCUGUGUGUUCCUGUACAAAUACACAAGCAUGGGAAUCAUUAUUGGGAAUAAACUAAUUUUAUUAUA